AGGGAAAUUAGUUUCUUCCAACUUUAAGUUUUGCUGCUGCAAGAGAGAAAUUGUGGGAGCUGGCCUUUAGGCUCCUGUACCAUUUCUGUUGGAACUGUGUUGUUUCUCUCCCAGGAUCAGUGAGUAAGCUGUUAGAUUUCAGCAGAGGUGGUGGAGUCAACCAGGUGUCCAGGAGGUCACUGAGGACGUGGAGCUGAAUGUAUGAGAAGGCUUCAUGGGCCUGAAGGACCAUCUGGAGGAUGGAACAGGCCACUUCCUCAGCCUGGGGCUGGAUCUGGACUACCUCCAUGUGGAUGGUGCUGAGCGACAAGCUAGCCCAAGCAUUGUGACGAGUUCUGGACUCUUACAGGUCAGAGGUGGGACCCCUAGUAACAGCAGUAACGGUAUUGGUAGUAGUACAACUAGUCUUAGUACUCAUUCAAGCUGCAGCAGUAGCAGUUACAGCAACUUUUCUGAGGACAGCGUCAUCUCUGACAGUGAAGAUGAACGACUCCAGACCAGGUCUGGAUCUGGUUCUGGAUCUAAUACUCUACAACAAGAUCCUCCCCACUUAUACCAGAGAGAGACCUCCUCAGAUCAUCAGCCAGUCAGGCUGGACCUGGCACCAAAUCUUUUCCUCAGAGACCUCCCACAACCAGGAAUGUUGCCUCCCACUGACCCUAUAACAGACUGCCACGCCAAGGUUGAGUUUGCUCUCAAGCUUGGCUACUCUGAAGAGCUAGUUCUGCUGGUCCUGAGGAAACUGGGCCCAGAUUCUCUUAUUAAUGAUAUCCUGGGAGAGCUGGUCAAACUGGGAACCAAGACAGAGAUGGAGCAGCAAGGAGGUGCCAACUCUCAGUCUCCUUCCUCUUCUUUGUCAUCCUCUUUGGCUUGCUCUUCAACCUCCUCCUCCAGCUCCUCUCUGGACUCCUGUCGUCUCCUGUGCCCAUCCUCUCUACUGGAAGACAAAGACAACCUUCGGCCUGUUGUUGUUGAUGGAAGCAAUGUUGCCAUGAGUCAUGGGAAUAAGGAAGUGUUCUCCUGCCAAGGCAUCCAGCUGGCUGUUGAUUGGUUCUUGGAGCGAGGUCACCGCGACAUCACAGUUUUCGUCCCAGCCUGGAGAAAGGAGCAGUCACGACCUGAUGCUCUUAUCACAGACCAAGAGAUCCUGAGGCGACUAGAGAAAGAAAAAAUUCUGGUUUUCACUCCAUCUCGUCGUGUGCAGGGACGCCGUGUGGUUUGCUAUGAUGACCGAUUCAUUGUCAAACUGGCUUAUGAAUCAGAUGGCAUAAUUGUGUCAAAUGACAACUACCGGGACUUGGCCAAUGAGAAACCAGAGUGGAAGAAAUUUAUUGAUGAACGCCUGCUGAUGUACUCGUUUGUAAAUGACAAAUUUAUGCCUCCAGAUGAUCCACUAGGACGCCAUGGGCCAAGUCUGGAGAAUUUCCUGAGGAAAAGACCUUCAUUUCCUGAGCACAGGAAGCAGCCAUGUCCUUAUGGGAAGAAGUGCACCUAUGGCCAUAAGUGUAAGUUUUAUCAUCCAGAAAGGGGCAGCCAGCCCCAGCGCUCUGUGGCUGAUGAGCUACGUGCCAGUGCUAAAAAUUCAUCAGUUGCCUCCAGAAAUCUGCUGGAACAUGCCCUAAAGGUAAAGAACCAAAGUGCUGGUCAAUCAGAAGAAACAGCUGAAGUCGAACCGAGACGGGACAGUAGACAGCCAAACCAGAGUCCUCAGAGCUCCUUCUCUCAGCUCAUGGAGGAGUCCAGGUACACUCCAAAAGUGGAAGGUCGGAGAGGAAGCAACAGCAGCAGCAGCAGCAGCAGCUGCAGCAGUAUUAUUGUAGGGCUUCCUGCUCCAGGAGGGCCCCCUUCAUCAGGAUAUGUGAACCAAUGGGAGCAAAAUGAUAGAUGUAGUGGAGGUGGCUCCAGACUUGCUGGAGCUUCUGGAUCAAGCCAGACUGAAUCUUACCACAGAUGCAAGUCUCCAGAGGUGGGCUACAGCUCUCUGGUAAAGUCCUAUUCAGGCCUCAAUCUUGUAGCCCCCCAGUCCCCAGAGUGCCUCUUAGUGGGAGAUUUGCGAGCAGGUUCUCUGGCUGUUGACUACAGCAGUGAUGACAGUGUCGGUUCAGAUUGUUUCCUCCCUGAUCCCAUGUUAGAGGAGAGUCCCAAAUGCCACCAUCACCAUCCUCAUCACCAUCGUUACUACGCUGGGCAGUAUGCUCAUGCUGCAAGUCAUUUUUCACCUGGAAUGAGCCAGCAUUCCCCUCAUGGUCACUCUGCUACUAAAAACCUGUGGAGAGCACAGGGAUUUGCUAUGGAAGAUCCUCCAUCGGCUGUUACCUCUCACAAAUCUUCACAUCCUCUCAAGACUACUUCAGCUUACAUUCCGCCCCAGCGACAGCAUCCAUUGUUGAGCAGCUUUCCAGGGGAAUUACCACCUCAUACAACUCAAACAUCCUCUGGUCACUCUCAGUCUCAGAACGUAGCCCUCAGUUGCAGUCUGAUGGCCUCCCCGUGGCAGGAAGGUGGACUCCAGAACUCCAGAGUGUAUAACGGAUCACCUCUUUAUUCAAGAAGAAAUUACUCUGAGCUAAACCAACAACCUAAGCAGCAGAUAAACUGGGAUCCUAGUUAUCAGCCAUCCACUAAGCCCUGCUAUGAUCUCUUUUCAUAUAAGAGCUUUCCACCAGUCCAUGGGAAGACUUGGCAUUCUCCUUGGGGCCAGAAAGUCCAUUCAUCGUCCCACAACCAUUCAGUAUCAAGUCUUCCACCACUCCCAAAGCAGUCCCUUCCAUCCAUCGCUACCCACAAGAGCCACGCACCCCCAACGCUACUGCAGUUGGAGCCACCUGCUUUGGGUCCAUACCAAGACCUCAGGGAGAGGGUGUUUGUCAACUUGUGUGGCAUCUUCCCUUCAGAUCUGGUUAGAAAGGUGAUGGCCAAGAACCCUCAUGUAAUGGAUGCUCAGGAGCUUGCUGCUGCAAUUUUGAUGGAGAAAUUGCAGCACAUUUCAUGAAUGCAGAGAGAAGAUCAUGCUCAGUCUCCAUCUUAACUUAAUUCUGCAGGUUAAUCCCUUGCAGAUGUCUUAAUAAAUAAAGUCACAAUAGACAACCACAAAGCGACAGCACUAGACAGCAUUGUAGGGUAGUCAUCUCAUCUGUUUAUUUUUUGCAAAGGGAAGUCCCAAAAUUGUCUUUUUUUUUCUGUAAAUAUGCUUCCUUUUCAGCACUUAUGAUAAGGAAAGGUUGUGGUUGAAUUUGCAUGUUCUUGGCUUUCUGUCACAUUGCGGUAGGCUUAGGGAGCCUUAAUAUGUCUUAAGGGAGACUUUGUUGUUCAUUCUAAAUGUAUUUAUUUGUUAUAUUUUAAGUUAUUUACAUAUUUUUAAAUUAUUUAGUCUGCUGGCACUUUUUUGUUAUGUGUUUUGUCCUCCACUUUUUAAAAAAAUCAUAUUUUUCUUUUACACGGGGCAAUCAUAUCGGGGUCUUUUUUUUUUUUUUUUUACUUUUUUGCAGUCACUAAUACUCAUAUUUAUGGUCAUAUUACAGAUGUCUUCCAACUAGUAUUUAUGCCUAAAUUAGCUCAACAAACAGAUGGUGUGUUUUGGUGUGUGUUAACAGGUGGCAGAUCAUUAGUUCAUUAGAUUUUGUGGAUUUCCCCGUGUGGAAGUGAAACUCCAAUGGCACCCACAAAGGAAGCUAGCAAAAACUCCACUUGAAAACCCCAAGCUCUUUGUUCACCACUGAGUAUGAGUUAUUUCCUCUUCUGUGAUAGCCCUGUUUGCUGACUUCAAAGAUUCCACUUUCAGUCAAUUGAAAGUAUUGGAAAUCAUAUUAAGAUGACAGGCCAAAAUGUUUAGAUAGAAUGGGGAUUAUUUUAUUAUUCUAAUUAAAAAUGUGUGUUAAUUUAUUAUGUUUAAUGUGAAUGCCUGUGGUGCAUGAGGCACAAAAUCUUCUUUAUUUUUGGUUUCACCACUCAAGUGUAAAUCUUCAUACAGGGUGUAGCCUAUCUGUUUUUACUUGUCAGUUAAACACUUGAGUUUUUAGCUCAAGCUGGAAAUGUUUCUGAAAAUAUGAUAGCACUGACAACAUUAUAGGUUUUUAGUUCUGCAGACUUUUCUUGGGAGGAUGAUUUUGCUGACUGAACUAAAAACUCAGUGGUUUGGCCAUUUAAAUGAUUUGUCAAUCCUAUUAUGUUUUAUGUAAACAGUACAUCUUCAUUGCUCUCCUUCACACUUGUAAACAUAAAAUUCAUUACCAGAAUGCAGAGAAUUAAAAUUGCAUGAACUCAUCUGACAAGAAUUUGAAUGUAACAAAAUUCUCACGCUUCAGCUUUAAGUAUGUCACAAACUCUUUAUUUUCCUGUACUUAAAAGUAUUUUCAGAUUUUAUUCAUGUAAUGUAACUCACUUUAAUGCAGGGUUUGUCAAAUGAAAUAAUUGUUUUCACGGCAGUCUCCAGCAGUGGGGUUAUUCUCUUGACUAAAAAAUUUGAAAAACUAAAACCCUUCGUGGUUGGAAUAAUCUCUUGCAGCCAGUUUCCACCUCUCUUUGUUGAUACAAAUUGUAUCCUAUGAACUUUUAAACAAGGACACUGUUUUAUGUGAAAACAUGUAAAGAAAAACAGUUUGAUCUGAAAAACUUUAAUUGGCAACCCCCCCCCCCCCAAAAAAAAAAAAACUAAUUCCCUUUAACAUUGGCUGUGUAGAGGCUGCAAACAUACAUUAUUAAGGUUGCUGAUGUUAUAAUAAAGGUGUAGCUAUUUUCUCCUGAGACAUAAUAAAAGUUGCUGGCAUCACAGCCUACCUUAGCAGAUAUCUAUACAAGCAUGUUAUUAUAACCUUGAACCUUGAAACGUGAACUUGAAAUGUGUCCCUUACUGGGGCUGUAAUAUGUAAAACAGGAUGAACAAGUCUGGUCUGGUCUAAUAAGUUUACUUUGUACAGUCCAUAAUAAGAUGUUCUUAUGCUGUCUGGCACUGUGUGCUACUGUUUGCUGCCUGUGGGAUAUAAACACUCAGUUUAAUAAACCUCUGAUGGUGUUAACAUCCCCUUUGAUAUUAAACCAUUUUAACUGAAUAAGGGCACAGUUAUUUUUCUAUAACCAUGAACUUCUUUUAAAAAAGUAUUUUUCUAAUUGUAUGUGUGUUUUGUUGUUUUUCCCAUAAGAGAUUGUAGUCGUGUGAGUGAUAUAUAUAGGGGUGAAAUCAUUUCUACCUGUAAUAACAUGUUUUGAAUAGUUUUCAGUGUUACUUGUCUAAAUGAGUUCAGACUGAUCAUAAAGCAAAUGUCUCAUUGCAUUAUUCACCAAAUAUAUGCUAGCUAGCAACAUGCUAAUGCAAGAUGAACUUCUAAAUUUAUACAAAAAUGUUUUUGUGAUGUAAAAAAUCCUGAAACAAAUUUCUAUAUGGCACUACUUGCUAAUUUACGUUUAAUUAAUGUGCUCCCAGUGCAAAAGAUACAUUAGCUAACAACAUGCUACAUGCUAACAAGAGAUUAACUAAUAAAUGAAUUCCUUUUUUAGGUAAUGUUGACACCUUUUUUUUGUAUUUGUUUUUCCAGCCCAUUUAGGUUCCCCACAUAUCAAAUUCAUGGAGUUUGAGGUCAGAAAAUUAAUGUUUUUUUAGAUAUUCACAGGAAAGGUACUGUACUUGAGUUAACAUUGACAGUAGUCUUUGCAGCUGUUGCUAAAACCAUCUGCUUUUUCUUAGCUCAUUUACAAUUUCAGUUUCAUGGCAGUGUUCAUAUUGUUCUCCCUACUUUGUUUAUGAAAAAUUGUUAUCAGUUUGAGUUGGUCUCACACUACUGUUUUUGCAAUAAUUUGCUCCAAGUUCAGUCUGAACAUACCAGUAACGUGUGGGUUUUUUUUUCUAGGGAGAUGCUGUUUGUAAUUUGUUGACCUUCAGUUGAACUACAUGUACACAUACUUAAGUUUAAGAGAAGAAAUGUAAAAUGUCAAAAGUCACCAUCGGCCUAUUCUUUCCAAUGUGCUUUAAUACAGCUUCAUUUCGAUGACAGAAAUAAGUUAGUGUUGCCUUGUCAGGGACCAAAGCCAAGUAAAAAGCUGUUAACUGUUUAUAUAUUUCCCCCUUGCUCAGGCAAAUGGUGGUUAUAUCAAACCAAAAUGAAAAGUAAAUGAAAGUCUUUUAACCUUUUCUGCAGUUUCUGCUGGUAAAAAAAGGAAAAAUAAUAAAUCAUAGGAAAAAGAUAGUCCUGGGCUGGGGGCUAAAAAUCCAAAGCUGUCAUUCACUGUGCUGAGUCUUAUGUAUUGAUUAUAGCCAAACAAACUGGAUUUCAGAAAUACCUGUUUUACAUUUUACUUGUGUACUAACUACAAAAGUAUUACUGUAAGCUGAUAAUGAAAAAGUAAAUCCUGAAUUUGUGCAGAAAUGCUUUUCUCUGUAUAAUAGAUUCUAGGAAAACAUUUUUUUCCUCUACAUAUUUCUUGAAAAAUGUUUGUAUGAUUCAACAACAGGAAAAAUAAUCUGAUUUAACUAGAUUCAGGGAAAAUGGCUAAAUGAGACAUGCUGACUGUUCUUGUGUGCGAUGUGAACAUGACCAAUAAAUCCCUACUUGAGCUUUCACGUUACUUUUGUCUGCAUUUGUUGCAAAAUACAUAUUUUGUUAUGUGUUUAAAAAACAUGAGAAUUACAAAUUAAAAGUUA